CAAAGAAGAAGACGUAGUUGUUGGCCAGCUUGAGAAGAUUGUUGUAAUAAAGUGCUUUUUACCAUGUCAAGACGGUGUUAUUUUCACCCCGACUGCAAAUCUCCUAUAUAUGGCCUUCCCAAGGAUGAGAAAAUUAGGAAGCAAUGGUUAAAUUUUAUUUUUAACUCGAGUUCUGAACAUAACAACCCCAACAUAUUUCUCUGUGCUGCGCAUUUUACGGAGGACAGCUUCAUUAAUCGUGAAGAGUACAAUGCUGGUAUCACACAAAUGCUUAUCUUGAAAAAUGAAUCAGUUCCUACUUUAUCAGGACAACCUGAAGGACCAAAACCUGAUGUGGAUUGUUGUGAAUCUUCAGUGUAUUUGACUGAUGGGAGCUCCUCAAAAAGUCUGAAUUCAGUGAGCACCAACCAAGAUCAGCUACUGAUGGACAGACAUCUCGCUGAAGGGACAACCGGUCCAACACAGGAAUCAGAGCUCGAUCUCACUUUACUCUGUUACAGCGAGUCAGACAGCGAUCAGGAGGAUGAAUCUACUGAACAAGAGUCUUAUGAUAUCGUCUGUAAAGCUGAAGAACAGCAGGAGAUCCUGCAGACCACAGUGAAGACGUGUUCAGUCCAACUGGAGGACUGCAGGAACCUGAUGGAGAUAAAAAUAGAAACUAUAAAAGAGGAAUGUGACACUGAGAAUGAUGAAGAUGAGGAUCAUGAUGAUGAUGAUGAUGAUUUUGUUCCCUCGGAUGAGCCUUUAGAUGUCAAUGAAUCUUCUGAUGAAGAAAAACCACACAAGUGUCCAUACUGCAAGAAGAGAUUUUCCGAUGCAAGUCAGGUUAAGUCACAUGUGCUUUUACACACCCAGGAGAAACCGUAUCGAUGCAGCGUUUGUGGAAAAACUUUUAAGUUUUUACGUUCUUUUAAAAAACACGAAUUAACACACAGUGAGGAGAAACCCUUUCCAUGUUCACACUGUGAGAAACGUUUUAGUAAUAAACAUAUGCUAACACAACACGAGAGAGUUCACACCGGAGAGAAACCGUACCUGUGCCAACACUGUGGAAAGAGCUUCUCUAAUAACAAUGGUUUAAAAAUUCAUCAGAGAGUUCACACCGGAGAAAAACCGUAUCAAUGCUCCCAAUGUGAAAAGAGCUUCGCACGUUACCAAGCCUUUAAGCUUCAUCAACGAGUUCACACUGGAGUUAAACCAUACCAGUGUGAUUUUUGUGGGAAGAGUUUCAAUCGGCAGGACAAUUUGGUUACACACGAGAGAGUUCACACUGGAGAGAAACCGUACAUCUGCAAACAAUGUGGGAACGGCUUCUCAAAUACCAGUGCUUUAAAAUUGCAUCAAAGAGUUCACACCGGAGAAAAACCUUAUCAGUGCUCUGAAUGUGAAAAGAGCUUCGCGCAUCCCCGGGGUUAUAAGCUUCACCUGCAAGUUCACACUGGAGUUAAACCUUAUCCGUGUAAUGUUUGUGGAAAGAGUUUCACUCGACGGGACAAUUUAUUGACACAUCAGAGAAUUCAUACGGGAGAAAAACCUUACAAGUGCACUGAAUGUGAUAAGGGAUUUACACAAGCGGUUCUCCUGAGAGCCCAUCAGAAAAAACACCAUGGAGAAAAACCUUAAUAUCUGUAAAGAUAUUCAGUCAUGUAGGACAUUUAAAGACUCAUCAGAAGAAACAUGCUAAAGAACAGACUGAAAAAUUAAUAAAAAAUAAAAAAGGUUACAAACACUAUUUGUAGAAGGCUUUGUAUUUUCUGUACUGUAUUGAAAAUAAUAGCAGAUUUAAUUAAAAAUCAGAUGUAUUUGCUGUGAGACUUUUUUCAACAUUUCUGGUUCUGUGACAUUUAUAAUGUGAUAUUUUCUGUAUUUUUUACAGUUUAUAAAAAUUUUAUUUUAUACAUAUACAUUAUAAAUACAUUAUUUGGUACAGCCAGAAAGUUUUCUUUUCAUAAAUUGAGCAUUAGUUCCUGUAUAUUAAGACAUAAAAGAAAUGUUUUGGCAACGGUCCCUAACUUUAUUCUCAAUUGUAAAUUGAGUCAUUGUAAAUUGUAAAUAAAUAGUUAAUGUUUUGUUGUUAUCUAUCAUUUCUCUAACUAAUAAA